AUGGCGGCGUUGAUCGUGACCGCCGCCAUGACCAGCUCCAAGCAGUACCUGGGCAUGACCUGGUCGUUGUGGCUGGCGUGCCUGAGCUUCCUCUUCGCCCCCUUCUGGUUCAACCCGCUGUCCUUCCACUGGGGCAAGGUUGUUCAGGACUACAAGAUUUGGAUGCGCUGGAUGACAGGCACGGGCGGCAACAGGCUCCAACAGCUGGGAGUGAGUGAGGUGUGGUGGCGCGAGGAGAACUCGUACCUCUCUCGCUUCUCGCUCACCCAGAAGAUGCAGGGCCUCGUCCGGCCGCUCAUCUACGUGGUGAUCGGCUACGGCAUCGGGGGUCCGCAGCUGCUGGGGCUCGACCACAAGGAGCUCAAGGUGGUGGCGAAACUGGCCGCGCUCGCGUUGGCUCUCAUGGCGGCGUCCGUGCUCACGCAGCACUACGGGAACAGGCUGACCCCCUGGAUCCGUCGUUCCUCUGCGAUCCUCAUCACAGCCUUCGCGGUCGUGUACGGCAUCUACCUGCUACUGGCGCACACCAAGUACACCAAGGUGGCCGUGGGCCUCUACUACGUGGCGGCGGCGGGGUCAACCGUGGGGCUCCUGAUGGGGUUCAAGUUCGCGCGCUUCACGUGGCACGUCCACGACUUCGUCAUCGGCCACCUCCUGUUCAUCAUCCUCCUCCUGCUGUCGGCUUUGAAGUUCCCGAGCUUGGUGCAGACGUGGCUCUUGUUCCACAACGCCCUGUCGGAGGGUGUGGUGAUCGACGACAUCCUCAAGUACGCUCGCAUGAACAAGGAGCUUGCCGGCGUGGACGAGGACUCCCUCGAAUCCAGCUCGGAGCUGAAGAAGAUCGUGGAGGCCCAGGCGGCCGAGCUCGAGCUCCUCAAGCAGAGGAUCAUGUCGGGGGGAGGAGGAUCGUUCAUCGGCAUCAACGGCAGCCCCCUCCAGCAGCAGCAGCAGGGCGGCGGCGGCGGCGGCGCCGGUGUUGGAGCCGGCGAGGAGGGCAUGGCCGGGUCGGUCUACUCGACGGGGUCGGGCGGCUACAGCUACAUGAUGCAGCCUCUGGGAGGGGACGGGCCUGACGCGGCUCCCACCAACCGGGCGGAGAUGAUGCGCCCCAGCAACAGCACCCUCGACCUCGCGGACAUGGCCAACGCCAAGGCUUCAACCACGGAGCCUCCCCCGAGCCAAGCCUUCCAGUUCAGCUCUCCCAUGUCUAUGCCGCCCCGCUAGAGGGAGUCUGAAGGCCAUGCGCCGCGCGCAGCGCUCGCUAAGCAUCUUGGGCACGUGUUGAGGACGGGCGAGCUGUGGUCGUUGUCAGCGGGGGGCGGUGCCGCAGGAACAGGGGUAGAUAGAACACGUUUGGACGACGACCGACGAAGAGGAAGCGGGGCUUUUGUUGUUUGUUCGCGUUUUGAUGGAUGUGUUGUCUAGAAGAAGCGAGGUGAAAGAGGAGGGGGGCACGAAGAGUUGACCGUUGAUGCCCCCCCCACCCCCACCCCCCACCCACCCCCGCGUGCGCCUAAAACGUCGCGUUCGUCCGUGCAGCUAGCUCAUUUGGCAUUGGUAGAAAAAAAAAAAAAAUAGUGGGCGUUACGGAUAGAGAGGUUUUGGGUGGGUGGGGUUGCGUACCGUGCAUGUGUCGACGAAAAGAGCUGAUCGUUUUCGGUUCUUCGUUUUCCCACGGCAACCAACCCCGGCUGUUGACGUUGAUGUUUCGAAAAGUGAGAGAGCGGUGGUGCCGUGUGGAGAGACGGCUUUUGUUGUUGUUUCAUGCAUAUCAUUAGAGUCCUAGGGGUUGGGGGGGGGGGGAGAGGUAUUUGUCUCGUCUGGUUUGGAGAUGGAACACACGAAGAUCCCGUCGUGUUGUACCAGCCAGGGCUUGAGAGAGAUCGUUUCUAUUUUCUUGGAUGUUGUUUUGUUUGUUCGACCAGGGAGGCAACCGGGAACCCUUGUGAAACGCAAUCACCCUGGGUGCGCCUAUGGUUGAUGUUGGCAAAGUUUCAGGCGCUUGGCGACCUCGGCUACGGGGGUCUGGUACGAGGAGGGGGGUUCAAUUCCGCGGAGCCCGCGCGAGAUGGAAAGAGUGAAAAUGGCUCCUGGGAGUGAAGUCUUGUGUGCACUGUGCUCGUGGAGUUCGCGCAGGGUGUUCAUCGCAAUCGUUUUUGUUUUAUCCCGUCGAGGUUGGCCGACAUCCUCAUUGUGGGGCUACCCAUUAAGUUCGGUUUUGCCCUUGCGGGUUUUACCUGAGUUUGACACGUCAGUUGUGGAUGUGGGUGGGUUUGGGUAGGUGGGACAUAGUUAGACCAAUAGUAGAGAUUAGCGUUACAUUUAUUGCAUUGACAUGUAGCUGUUGUCAGACGUCCACAGGUGAACUGUUGCGGUGAGAGCCAUGGCAGUGUAGUAGUGGGCUUUGGGAAGAUGGUUUGCCUUGGCCGGGUGGCUUUGUG